UGCAUGGUCUGAUAUCCGUGUCCGUAUUUCACCUGCGCACCGGAGUGCAGAAGUCAGACACCGACAACUUGGUCAGAGUUGAAUCCGCUUACAGGGACGAUGACAGGGAAUCACUGGGGAUAUGGAAAAGAGGACGGUCCUUCAGUGUGGCACAAAAACUACCCCGUUGCCCAGGGGGACCGGCAGUCUCCCAUUGAUGUUGUCCCUCAUCAGGCUUCACAUGACCCCAGUCUGGGUCCGAUUGUCCUGAACUACGAUCAGUGUACCUCCAUCAAAAUCACCAACAAUGGACACGCCGUUGUUGUGGAGUUUGAGGACUCGGAUGACCGCUCAGUGAUCCGGGGAGGCCCUCUUGACAACCCCUACAGGCUGAAACAGUUUCACUUCCACUGGGGCGGAAAGGGCUGUCAUGGCUCUGAACACACUGUCGCAGGAAAUGGCUAUGCUUCUGAGCUUCAUUUGGUACACUGGAAUGCUGUCAAGUACAAGACGUUUGGGGAGGCGGCAACAGCUCCUGACGGCCUCGCUGUCCUCGGCAUCUUUUUGGAAACAGGUGACAACCAUAGAUGGCUCCACAUGAUAACGGACGCUCUGUUCACAGUGAAGUUUAAGGGCAGUGUUGCAGAUUUCAAAGGUUUCAACCCAAAGUGCCUCCUGCCCAGCAGCCUCCACUACUGGACCUACCUGGGAUCACUGACCACACCCCCUCUGCAUGAGAGCGUCAUUUGGAUCAUCGUGAAGGAGCCAAUCACAGUGUCGGAAAAACAGCUGGGCAAGUUAAGAACGCUUUUGUGCACCGGAGAGGAAGAGGAUCAGAGGACCCGCAUGGAAAACAACUUCAGGCCUCCCCAGCUUCUCAAAGGCAGGAAAGUGCGUUCCUCCAAUUAAUGUGACCCCCCCCCCCCCCCCCCCCAGAGA